AUGUCGUCUAUGCGAAAUGCCGUCCAACGGCGCAACCACAAAGAGCGUGGCCAGGUCCAAGGCCGUGAGAAAUGGGGUCUCCUCGAAAAGCACAAGGAUUACUCCCUCCGUGCCAAAGAUUACAAUGCCAAGAAGGAGAAGCUGAAGCGCCUCGAGGAAAAGGCGAAGGAUCGCAACCCCGAUGAGUUUGCAUUCGGUAUGAUGGGCGAUAAGAACCGAACCCAAGGUCGACACGGACGCGGUGUAGGCACCGGGCGAGACUCUGCUGCGGCGCGGGGUCUGAGCCACGAUGCGAUCAAGCUGCUCAAGACGCAAGAUAAAGGAUAUCUCCGAACCGUUGGAGAGCGAUUGCGCCGCGAGAUUGAGCGCCUGGAGCGUGACGUGGAGUUGCAAAAUGGCCUGCAAAAGUCUCUUGGAGAGAAGGGCGGAAAGAAGGACGAGAGCGAGGAUGAGGAUGGCUUCGACGAUGAUUCCGAUCUCGACUUUGGCGCCCCCGUGCAACCCAAGCCGAACAAAACCGUGUUUGCUGAAGAUCGACAAGACCAAUUGGCAUUGAAGAGACAGCGGUUACAAAAAGACGAAGUUCCCAGCGACCAAGAGGAUCAACCAAGUUCCAAGGCCCGCAAGACCCCGAAAGAGCUGGAGGCCGAGCUUAAGGCCCUUAAGGAGGCCCGACGGGCCCGCAAAAUCCGCAAGCGUGCCGUUGAGGCUCGUUCAAACAAACUCGCUGCGCUGCGCAAGCAAUAUUCCGAGAUCCAGGCUGCCGAGAAAGAGCUUGACUGGCAGCGGGCAAAGAUGGGAAAUUCCGUUGGAGGCACAAACAAGGAUGGAAUCAAGUGGAAGAUUCGCGAGCGCAAGCGUUAA